AUGAACGAGUCCAACAGCUGCAACACAUCUCACCACAAGCAUCACUGUGACUGCGAUCUCCUGACCGCUUUUAUAGCCUUCAAGGGCCACAUUGGCCCACCACUGCUUCUCUUUGGAAUCAUCUGCAACAUCCUAGCUUUCUUCACUCUACGACAGCCCAAGCUAAAGGAGUCUCCCUUUAUUCACCUCACGGGGCUCACGGUUUCAGAUCUGUCAGCGUUAGUUCUGAUGUUCAUCAGUCUCUACGAGACAAAAUACAACAAACAAUGGACCUACUACAUCUGCUACAUCUACUACCCGCUCAUCAACACCGCAGCUUUGUUCUGCGUUUGGAUUAUGGUCAUCAUGACUUUGGAGCGAUGUAUUUUCAUGCAGUUUCCCUUGUGGGCCCCAAUAUGGUGCACCAAUUCCAGCGCCAAAUUAAAAAUUGUGAUUGUGUUCUUGACUUGUAUCGUCUUGAGCAUUCCGCGCUUCUUUCUGUAUAAAGUGAUCAGCUUCAAACCACAUCCCUGUGCUUAUUUAAACACCAGUCAGAAAAGUGUGGAGCUUUUCCGUGUAACAGGAACUAUUCGCGGAACCAUUUUGGCCAAUGUUCUUGCGUGGUUUUAUAGUUGUAUACAUAACUUCCUGCCAGUCACCAUUUUGUUGGUGUUGAACUCUUUCCUAAUCUACAAAAUCCGGGCUCAGCAUAAGAGAAGGUCGCAGCUGGGGGUUCACAGCAUCCUCCAACUGGGCCGAACUCACGAGCAGACACGCCUGACAAUAACUCUGAUAGCUAUUACUGGAAUCUACAUAGUCUUGGUUCUUCCGUCUGCCUUCUCGGACACGAACAUCAGUGACAUUUUAUUCGACAAGAAGAGGGCGGAACAGGGACUCUUCCAACAUGUGUCCAUUUUUCUAUUCUGGCUGGAUUUAUCGUUUAACUUUCUCUUGUAUACAUUCGUCAAUGUCAAAUUUAUGAGAGCUUUCAAGCAGAUGAUGAGUCGGUGGUACUCCCGAAUCUAUGGCUGUGUCGCCUGCUGCAAACUACCGCAGGCUCACGUUAAAAAAACGAACUCUUCUACGGCUACCUACGUAGACAGAAGAACGAAGGAACUUCCGCUUCGUCGUCACCCUGGCCUCCAGUCUGGGCGACCUUCUUGUUCAUCGCGUCUGUUGACGUCACGCGGGCUUAUCUGA